AUGCCGAUCAAGUCUCUAGAGUCUUUCUUGUUCGAAAGAGGUUUGGUGGGCUCUUACCCCAUCGAAUCGCUGAAAAACGCGACUUUAGGGAUUGAUGUAGAUCACUACGUGUCGCGGUUGUUGACGUCAAAAAGAGAGCAGUAUUUGGACGCAAUUGGUGGGUUUCCAACAAGCUUGAAGCUGUACUUGGAAUCGGAUCUCCAGGUGUUUCAGGAAUACGAAAUCACCCCUGUAUUCAUUUUUAGUGGAUCGCCAGUGGCCACCCAGGCUGAAGCUAGUGGUCACUACACCGCAGCAGCCGCAGAAGCGGCCGCUGCAGCCAGCAAUGCGAACUUGUCAGGUCCUGUGGGCUCUGUUUCGGGCUCUUCCAGUAGAACCCCCAAAGAAGCAGUUCUGGCUCAAAGACACAAAGCUUGGACUCAAUGGACAAACCUUUUGUCUAAUAAUCAAUCGACGUAUGUGGACCAGCCAAUUCCUCCAACGGAGGCGUUUCGCUACAAUGUUCCCUUAGACACAAAACGGUUUCAAAGUGACUUGAUAGCGUACCUCAUUUCACGCGGCAUUUGCUAUCAAGUGGCGCCCUACUCCUCUUGGAUCCAAUUGGCAUAUUUGCUACAACAGGGCUUCAUUGAUGCUAUCUAUGGGCCAACUGAGCUCUUGCUUUUGGGCUCGGUGGAAAAGUUCAUUCUGGGCAUGGAAUUCCCCAACAAAGAAUACAGGUUUGUCGAUAGCAAGCGGGUUUUAAAUGACCUUCGUUGCUCUAUGGAAGAAUUUAUAGACAUCAGCAUGGCUGUUGGAAAUGACUUGCAGCCCUACACUUUGUCACCAUUAGGCGUUUACCCGAGUCAGCAACUUUUCGAAGUAGCGCUGGAUAUGGUACUAACAAGCGGCACCGAUUUCUACGCAUACCAAUUUGUCAACCCGGUUAAGGCCGAGAGUACGCUCUUAGUUUCACGUUACCAGAAGGGUGUUUCUGCAUUGAGAUACAUGCCAGUGCUAAAGGAGGACGGCAAAGUUGAACUUUUCUCCGCCGAAAGAUCGAAGGAUGCAACUUCAGCUGGGUCCGAUUCAACUCAAUCAACCCCUUCCUCUGCAGGCUCAUCAGACGUCAUCCCAUCCGAUGUUCACGAUGUGGUGGCUCAAAGACUACCCCACGAAUACUACUUUUACAGGUCCUUAGGAUUGACAAGUGGAAAACUACUGGAUGCUCUCACAACAGGGGUAUACGCCGAGGAACCACCCCUGGAUGGAGGAUCAUCAGACUCGUAUAGACAGUUGGUAAAAGAUUCUGUUGAACAGUUUAAGAAUAAAGAGAUCAAUCAACUGACGCAACCCAUCAAUCGUUAUUACCAGAUCAAGCCCAUUAAACAAGUUAAAUGGUUUGCACCCGACGAUCCAGUCACCUUGACAAACAGAGCGACGCCACCAAUUUUUGAUAGAGUCAAUCUGUUAGUUGUAAAGACUGGGAACUCAGAAUUGGAGUUUUCGAUAUCGAACUUCAUUUCCACACUAAAUGGUGCUCAAAGUCUCUCUCAAUCUUUUGUUUCAAAACAAGUCAUUUUCCCUAAUUCUGUUCCCUCUUCUGAAAAACUCUCUACUUCCUUCGACCUGUUGGCAACAAGUUUCUUGCGCACUUUGACACUUCUAGAAUUUUUUGAAUUCGAUCCGGCGAACAAAAGCUUAAAGGCCACACCCUGGGGAGAGAUUUUACUGUCACUGGACUUGCAAAAGGUAGACACGCAAUUUGCCGAACCUUUGUUCAUACUGCUUGUAUUUUUCAAGACGCAGGUCUUGUCUCUUUUCCAAGAGACCGCUCCACCAACAUUAUCAGCUUUGUCCAAAGCGACACUCAGAUCAUAUCCCAAAGAGUCUUCUUACAUCCUGGCGAUUACGCGAGUAUUGAGUGCUCUCAAAAUGGAUCAGAAGCCUUCUAAUUAUCAUGGCCCUGUCGACAGAAAAACACUUGUGUACAGAGACCACCUAGAUUUCAUCAGAGAGAAUUUGAACGAUUUGUAUGAAACAACAACAAUGUCUUGCCUCACAGCAGGGGAAUUCGACAGAUUGUCGCUGGACAAUUUUGGCUGGCAGACAACCGUUGUUGGCGCCAUGCCUUUCAAAUUGUCAACUCCAAGCACGGUCCUGGCUAUGAUAUGGGAGUUUUAUUUGCAGAAGUACCUUCACAACGGCAAUUCCAAGUCAGACGCGAUGUCGUUGGUGAUGUCAUUGUUCAACACCAGUAAAACGAUUCCAAAUCUACAGGAAGAGCUCGAGGUUUCUUUGCGCUUCUUGAAGCAGUUCAACGAAAUUCUCGGCAAAAUGUCUAAGAUGGGACUCUGCAAAGUCGAAGACCACACAUCAUUAACAGCUGCAGUGGCGUUUGCUGAGCAAGCGUUCCAGUGA